CGAACGUUCAGCUGGGCUCUGCCUGAAGGUCAGUGGCUUCUUCUCCUCAUAAAAAAGAUCAGAUAUCUGCUCCAGUGACUUCAUCCAGCCUCUUAGAGUUGUGGACGAAUUGGGAAUCAGAAACAGAUCUACUUGUUUCCCCUACAGAUGAACUUGGCUCUGAUCCACGACCGUCUGUACAUCAAGUCGUUCUGGGAGAAUCGGAUCAGCGCCGAUAACCAGCAUGCAGAGAGUGAAGAGAACAGGAUGAACAAGAGCGCCCUGAAGAAGCUGAGGGGGGAAUGGGUCGUCCGACUGGAGAACCGGAACAAAAACCUGAAGAAGCUCAACGACGGCUUCGUCCGGAAGGCGAAGGCGGAGAAGUCAGCUGACCAGACAUGAGCCAAUCAGAGGGCAGCAGGAGCGACGGACGAGUUUCAGUGUUUAGAUUCUUAAAAUGUUUCUGAAUAAAUGAUUUAGUUCUGAUGUGAAA